UUACUCCACUCUGCCUGUGAAAUAGGUGGUGUCAUAAUAAAAUGAGAAUCCAGAGAUACACAGAACAUGGGCAAGUUAGUAAGGAAAAAAGAGUCACUUCCAGUUCCGGUUCUCUCCAGGAACUCAGUUUUUCAGCUGAUUUGUAAUUACUCCUCGACAAAUAUAUUUUACUCGUUAGCACAAAAAUUUGCAAUGUGAUAACCUACUGAGAAUUCACGCGUUGAAAAAAUCCUGUUAAUUUUGUGCGACUAACACUGAAAUUAGUUACUAAAUGAAAUGAUUUGUUUAAUUAAGAAGUGAAAAGUAUUACUAACCUUUUACAAUCAUUUACAAAAUUUUCUAGUCAUGGAAUUAUUUCAUGUCACUGCUUGACUUGGCUGAAAGAAUGGGAUCAGUCAUUGUGUGAAUGAGUAAUUGAAUACUCAUCCUUUGUUCAUGUUUUGUUGUUUCUGCUCUACAAAGAAAUGUUGCAUCUUGUUGUUCUGUCCAAAAAAAUUCUCACUGGUGGCACAUGCUUAAGUAAAAGUAUCACUGAAGCGAAGAAUGCAUGACAAUUGGGAUCCAACAUUUCCUGAUUUGACAAAUAUUGUCCGUAGAUGAGAAUAAGCUAAUGUUUCUGAACAUCAGGAGUCGACUACCAAUUUAAUAUGCGAAAUUUUCCGUGUAAGAAGCUCAUAAGGAUGCUUCCCACGAGAAACAUGUUCACUAGAACUUUCCAAUUGAGGCGCAGAUACUGCAAAAAUUUACUUCAGAUUUCAGUAGUCUUGGUGCUAAUUGUAACCAUCGGGCUAAAUUUGUUGUUCAUUCUCGAGACGGGAAGACGCCUCCAAAAUCAACAGGAGCAGUUUGAUAUGCAGCACCAACGAGGUCAUGGUCCAACAGGAAACGAAAAUGAAUUGUUAAAACAACCCUUGAAAUUACAACAAGCUGUUGACAGCAGUGUUCCUGGUUCUGAGAAAAAACAUUCCUUUCGUACGUUAACCAUUGAAGUGACUUCUAGUCAGUCCAAAGUGUCCGUUGCUGUCGACGGAACAAUGGUAAUCGAGGACAAUGAGGCGAACAAGGGUCGAGGAAUUCAUGUUGUAGUGCUGAAUGAGGCGACGGGUGCUGUGAUGGCGCAACGCAUAUUUGACACUUAUUCACCCCAUGAAGACGAAGCUCUCAUACUUUUCUUGAAUAUGGUCUCUCCUGGUCGAAUACUAAUUUUCGCAAUCAAGGAUGAGGGCACUUUCCAAAUGAAGGCAAAUGCGCGAGAGGUUCUAGAAAAAUUGGGAUCCAAAAAGGCAAAGCAUUUAGGAUGGAGAGACAUGUGGGCGAUGGUGACCAAAAAGGGGACAGGUCCUGGUGACCAAUAUCCAAAUUUAAAGAGUCGUAUCCUCAAUAAGCCAUCCAUUGCGGUUGAAGAGUACAGUCGUAGCACAGAGUUUCAUAGUUGGGGAGCCCCUGUAUCAGUGACAGCGGAAGUACCUCUCACCUCACCACAGGAUAGCGAAUGUGACUGGGGUUCCUCGGAGGAGGGUGAACGUCGUCGAGAAUUUUGCAAUCAUAUCGAAGGUUACGGAAGUGUAUGUAGUUGUCACGACCCUUCGCCCAUAUUUUUUAAGCGCAACCUCUCUAUAUUAGAAUCCACUCUGGAUAUUCCUGUGGCUGUGAUUGCUAGCAACCGUCCUCAUUACCUGUUCCGAAUGCUGAGGUCCAUGUUGUCCGCAGAGGGAGCCAACCCUGGGAUGAUCACUGUGUUUAUCGACGGAUAUUAUGAAGAACCAAUGUCGAUAUGUCGCCUUUUUGGACUUCGAGGAAUACAACAUACGCCUCUGGGUUCUCGAAAUGCAAGAAUUUCUCAGCACUAUAAAGCGUCCCUCACUGCCACGUUCAACCUCUUCCCAAAAGCAGACUAUGCAAUUAUUGUGGAAGAGGACUUGGACAUUUCUCCAGACUUCUUCUCAUAUUUUAAGCAAACGAUGCGACUUUUAGACGACGAAAGCCUAUAUUGUAUAUCGGCGUGGAAUGAUCAAGGGUACGAACACACAAGUUCUGACCCAAAGCUUCUUUAUCGAGUGGAAACUAUGCCAGGUUUGGGUUGGUUGCUGAAAAAGUCAUUGUAUAAAGAUGAGCUUGAGCAGAAAUGGCCUACCGCAGAUAAGAUGUGGGAUUGGGACAUGUGGAUGCGCAUGCCAGAAAUUCGCCGUGGUCGUGAAUGCGUUAUUCCAGACUUAUCCAGAACUUAUCAUUUCGGAGCUUCCGGUCUAAACAUGAAUUCUUAUUUCCAAGAUAUUUACUUUAAGAGACGAGCUUUCAACACUCAGCCUUCAGUGCGACUCGAUAAUCCCAACAGUCUGACCAAAGCGAAUUACGAGGCCGUUAUUCUCGAUUUACUGUCCAAAGCGCAAGUUCUUGACCACAGCAAAUCUCCUUGUGAAGAGGACUUUGUCCCAGAGUCGCAGGGCGUCCCAUUAAUUGUUUUUAUUAAAAUGGAAGACGGGAAAGAUUUUCGCACGUGGUUGCAUAUGGCCAAGUGCUUUAAAAUUUGGGACUUGGAUGCUCGAGGGUAUCACAACGGCCUUUGGAGAUUACAUAUGAAAACCAGUCAAAUACUCGUUGUUGGAGUUCCAUAUUCUAAAUACGCGCACUUCAAGCCUGCCACUGUAACUCCGUUGUUUUUGGACAACACAACAUAAUGAUAAUCGCCAUAAGAAUUAACGUUUACCAUCUAGUCUGAAACAGUCAGUGCAGCUGCCGAUAAGCGUUCUCUUCUAUUCAGGCUAGGCUGUUGAUGCAAUUGCUAUUUAAAUAGGUGUUAAAGUUCCUCAAUGAGCAAUCAAUUCGUGCGGAUCGAGAGACAAUUUCAUAAUUUUUGUACGUUCAAACAGUGACAUGAGCAAAACAUAGCUAGCUACAACAUAUAUAUUAAAUAUAUCGCUAAAAUGAGAUGAAAAUGAGAUAAAUAAGAGUGAGAGUAAUUAAUAAAUAAGUAAAUGAUGAUCGAGA